GUAGCGAAUGACCGUCCACUUAGGCCAGACGACCGUCUGCCAGUGGUCGUUGGGACUAGAUGGCCUUCCAUUCAGAGCAGAUGGCCGUCCAGGGGUAGCCGUUGGGGGCAGACGACCGUCCAGGAGUGGCUGUUGGGGGCAGAUGGUCGUCCACUUACACCAAAUGGUCGUUCGUCCCUGUAA